AUGACACGAGAUGAAGCAGGCCGAACGUCCCCUUCGCAGUUGCGUCUGGACAAUGGCGGCAAGGUGAGAUACCAUACUGCAGAUUCCAAGGACGAUGAUGCGAUUUCCGAGCAAUCACCCUUGCUGCCACCACGCACGAGUCAGGACGAUGGAAAGUUACCAUAUAUACCUGGCAUAUUUAGUCCCGAUCGCGACAGUGCCGAAUCGUGGGAUGCGGAAGAGGGAACACGGCAGGAGAGCAAGAAUAGCUGGUAUCUGCUCGCAUUGACAGUCGCAUUCGCAGGUCUGCAGAUGGCAUGGGCAGUGGAACUCUCGAAUGGAUCACCGUAUCUACUCGGCUUAGGUAUCACGAAGAGCUUGCUUGCUUUCGUCUGGAUUGCUGGACCGCUUUCCGGCACUCUAGUACAGCCAUACGUUGGCAUCAAGUCAGACAGAUGUCGCUCCCGAUUCGGUAAACGUCGCCCAUUCAUGGUCGGAGGAGCAAUCGCUACCAUCGUCUCGCUUUUCACACUGGCCUGGACGCUCGAAAUUGUUGGGGCAUCGUUAUCGAUCUUUGGCGUGACGAGAGAUAGCCAGACCGCCAAGACGGCAGCCAUAGGGCUUGCAGUGCUCAUGAUUUACGUCCUCGAUUUCAGCAUCAAUGUAAUCCAGGCCGGGCUCAGAGCGUUCGUUGUCGACAAUGCGCCAACUCAUCAGCAAGAUUCUGCAAAUGCAUGGGCAAGUCGGUUACAUGGAGUAGGCAACAUCGUGGGGUAUCUGUUUGGAUACGCGAACCUGCCAAAAUACUUGUGGUUCUUUGGCGACACCCAGUUCAAGGUGCUUUGCGUGAUCGCCUCGAUUGCGUUGGCAUCGACGCUCACGGUCUCCUGCUUCUUCGUGUCCGAGCAAGAUCCGCGCCUUGCAGGUGAACCGGCAAAACAAGACAGUGGCGUUCUCGCCUUCUUCAAGGAACUUUUGCGAUCCGUGCGUCGACUGCCGCCUCAGAUCAAGGCCGUGUGUGUGGUACAGCUGGCUGCGUGGAUAGGGUGGUUCCCGUUCCUCUUCUACGCCACCACCUACGUUGGUGAAAUAUACGUCGAAUCAGUCUUACGCGAGCAUCCGGGUAUGACAGACAGCGAGAUUGACCAGGCAUGGGAGCAUGGUACACGACUAGGCACGUUUGCUCUCCUGAUGUUCUCCCUCGUCUCCUUCGUGGCAAGUGUGGUUCUUCCAUGGUUUAUCGCAAAUCCCUACAAGGCCCGCGAACCACAGCAACGGACGCCUCUGAUAAAUUCGCCUACAAUGGCCUGCACACCUCUAAGGCAUCCAGCGGACAACGACAGUUACUUUGAUUCUCGACCUCCUACAGCGAUUCGGCCCACCACUCCCGACGCCGGCGCUGCCUUCCACGACGAUGUUUCGACGAUCAAAUCCGGGGUUGGCCAAGGUUGGAAAUCGAAGAUUGAGAGGCGCAUACCGAAUGUAGAGAUCAAGUGGCUAACAAUGCGACGAGCGUGGAUGAUCUCGCAUGCCUUCUUCGCCUUUUUGACUUGGCUGACUUUCUUCGCCAAGAAUACAACUAGCGCCACCAUCCUUGCAGGACUUGUCGGCAUUCCGUGGGCAAUGACAUCGUGGGCACCAUUUGCUCUCAUUGCCUCCGAAGUGUCUAAGCGCGAGAACAUACGACGCGGCCGAAUCCCGGCUCCCAACACUCGAGAAGGCGAGCUGCUAGCAAGCGGCGAGGACGAUGCUGCCGAUCAGGCUGGUGUGGUUCUCGGUAUACACAAUGUCGCUGUCGCUGCGCCGCAGGUGAUUGCCACAUUGGUAAGCAGUGUGAUUUUCAAGGCACUGCAGAAGCCGAGAAAUGCUGUGGGGGAUGAUAGCGUGGCAUGGGUGUUGAGGUUUGGGGGUGUCAUGGCGCUGGUCGCUGCGUGGCUCACGAGACGAGUGCGCGAGGAAGACGAUGAAGAUGAGAAGCCGCACUGGUAG